AUGACCUCGCUCAAGUGCAUUUCGGUGAUGACCACCUGCUCCGUUUUUGGAGCGUUACUAGCCAUAAUUUUCCAGGCCCUGUGGACAUUGAAUCAGUUAAAUACCGUAACGCUGAUCCUGACUGGCUUACUUGCCCUGGAGAAUGUCCAUCGUGGAGGGAUCAACGAGGGCUACGAGAAGCCAAAAGUUGCGGUGGGAUACGGGGGCUGUGCAGAUUUGGUGGUGAAUGCAACACAGCUCCUGAGCUACCCAGAGGACGGUGUCAGUUUUGAGAAGGACGAGCUGUUGAGUGAGAUAACAGACGAGAAGAAAUUGAUUGACAAUUUUGCGCACUACUUCGAAAACGGAGCUGCGUCAGAGCGAUUCAUCUCGGACGACAAACUAUUCAAAAGACUGCUAACGAAGGCCAAAACAAAGCUCAAAGACUCCAUUCGUUGGACGUUAGGAGGUAAUGCUCCAAUGAUGGGAGUUCGAUUUUUGAAAGAAGGUGCCGAUGUUCUCCUCGCAACGAGAAUGUCUGAAAAGCUACGAAAACAUUUGCCCACCGAAAUUCAAUUAGUUGGGGAUGUUAUUGACGAAGAUGAUAUUCAUAUGAUUUUAGAGUAUAAAACCGGGGAAACGUGGGGCCCCUUUACAGCUCCGCGUGCCAACCGCUUCAUUGUACACAACGAUCACAGAAAUCCGUUCCUGCAAGCAGUAGAAUGGUUAGAAGAUGCUUUGAAGAAUUUUCAACCUCGAUUAUUGGUUGUAAGCGGAAUUCAAAUGAUGGACACGUUCAAAUUUGAACCAGGCGUUCGUGAAGCGCGUAUCGAAAAAGUUAAAGAACAGAUGAUAGCACAACCUCGAAAUACUCUCAUACACUUCGAAAUGGCAAGUUACGUUGAAAAGGACCUUCUGUCACUUAUCGAAAAGAAUAUUUUACCCUACACCGACUCCAUCGGCAUGAACGAGCAAGAGGUAGCCAAUUUGAAUCGAAAACUAUCCAAGGACACAGUGGCAUCAGCAACGGACUCAAACCCUCGCGUGGCUCACACUUUAGAUUUGAUGCGAGAGGUUUUCGUCAAUUUACGCUCCAGUUACGCUUCAAAUAGUAAGAAUAAGCGCCCUUUGACUCGUAUGCAUGUGCAUACAUUGGCAUAUCAAGUGAUUCUUAUCGUCAAAGGAUCUCAAUGGAACAACACAAAGAACGCUGCAGCAAAAGCAGCCCUCACUGCUCAUCGGCAUGUCUGCGCAAAUGAAGUUAUCAACCCUGAGUCAGCUAUGUUAAUUCUGGAUAGUAGCUUCGCAACGACUGUGAAUGAAUUGAUUGUAGGAAAGCCACAGCGAAUCAAGAUCGAACAGAAAGACCCCGUGUCGUGCUGGAGUGAAAGUGUGAAGGUUCAAUCACAAAUAAUUGAGUACGAGAUUUGUGUGGCGCCAGUUUUGGUAUGUCGCGACGCAAAGCAAACAGCUGGCGCAGGAGACAAUAUAUCGGCUUCAGGACUAGUUGUUCAGAUAUAAUUAUGGUUUGGCCGGAACUUAUUCCUACUUAUUUUACCUUUUUACAUUUUGUGUGUGCUAUUUUUAUUAUUUGUUUUGUAUUGUCGGUUUUAGUUGUUUGGCAGGAAAUCAUUGGGAUAUAGAACCUAUUAAUCAGUCAGUUUAUAUGUCAUCCUACAUGCUCAAGUUAGAGCUACUUUUAAUAAUGAACUAACUAAUUGGUUAUCUCAAGCCUAUAUCACGAAGAAAUCUUGAAGAGAAUGCUGCCCGAAGUGGAAGAAGGUAGAGUAUCUCUUCUGUUAGUUAUUUAAAGAAACAUCCUCGCUUGCAGUCCACAAAUAAUAACUACUGAAGUCGAAAUUCUAGCACAAUCAACUUCUAUGCCAUCUUAAAAUCGAUCAGGGCUUACAAGAACUAAUGCAGUCUUCAAAUUAUCAUUCCCCGUUUUCCUACCAUUUUCCAAUUUUUAGAUUCUCUUAAAAGUCAGAACCACAGUAUUCAAUAGCAAUGUCAGAAAAAGCAUCCACUACAAUACAGACUCCAACAUUCCCGUAGAAACCUGAAAUUUUAAAUUUGCCUGAAAUACGUACACACAUCAGCAAAGACAAUUUUGAGCCGACCCCGCCUGUGAACGGGACAAAGGCUGAAGAAAAAGAAGAUCAACAAAGACAAUUUUAUUUGCCAAUAAGGAUAUCUAAAGAUAUUCCUUUAAAACGUUUUCUAAUCAAAACAUUCCUAUUAUCACUGAACUGAUGCAAAAUCGUGUUUGAUUGUUGAAAUUGUUAUUUAGAAAUUUAAGACAUGUUUUAUGAUUUAGUUUAGGAAUUCGUUUCUAGGAAAAAAAUUUGUUUAAUCUCGCGUCGAUUAUGUUUUAUGUAAAAGCAUGUGUAUGUGUUUUGUCCUGUCUGCGCCCGUCAUCCUUAUACGUUUCUCGGGUGAUGCGGCGAAUAAAUCAAUGCAAUAUCAGUGAAUGUCCUUGUAAUGUGAGUUUAGACUAUGCACUUUGUAUGCAACGAAUUGCCAUGUUUGUAUAAUGGCAUUGCUUUUUAAACAAAAAACAAGUUCGGUGGUCACUUUUAUCAGGAAUAAAGUGUACUUAUUUUAAAA